AUUUUCUCGGAGCUGCCACUCUUCUUCGAUGAGGCCCAGUGGCUAAUGCAUCAGGCACACAAUUGUUAUGAUCUCCGCCGACCUAAGCUCCCUUUCCUAUUGAUUCUACAACACAUCGUUGAUGAGGAGAUUGCGAGCGAUGUUUACAUUGCGGAAGCAGCGUCUGACUGGCGUCGAUUCGCCGGAAAUUCAUCAUCAGGAGACAAGCCGUGACCAGAACCCGCCUAGCCCACCAUCGUGCCACGAGACAGAUCCCAGCCCUCCACUUCCCUAUGGAGUUGAAGUUCUGCACGACUGCCGCGACGCCACGAUUGACAUCUGCUUUGUCCACGGGUUGACUGGCAAUCGGGACAGCACCUGGACUGCAGAGAAGCAAUCCAGACCCUGGCCCGCGACGCUCCUGCCACCCGAGCUCAGUAAAGCUCGCAUACUCACGUACGGCUACGACGCGUACAUCGUGCGGAAUUCGGUCGCAUCAACAAAUGGGCUGACCGAGCAUGCCAACAACCUCUUGAACGACUUGACGACCGACAGAACCCGUUCCAACGCGUCCUCUCGACCGCUAGUCUUUGUCGCCCACAGCCUGGGCGGCAUCGUCUGCAAGGAAGCCAUUCUUCGCUCGCAAAAUAACGCUGGACCACAUCUCCGAGGCAUAUUCGAUUGCACUAAGGGCAUCGUAUUCAUGGGCACUCCUCACAGGGGAUCCUGGAUGGCCGACUGGGCCAGGAUACCGGCUUCGGCUCUUGGGAUAGUAAAAUCCACCAAUAAGUCGCUGUUGAACAUCUUGCAGACAGAUGACAAGUACCUCCGGUCCGUUCAAGAUCGGUUCUGGUCCAUGGUACGAGAACAACAGAAGGCCGGCCGGGAUCUCGAGGUUACAUUCUUCUUUGAAGAGCUUCCUUUGCCUGUGGUCGGAAAAGUCGUUUCUCAGGACUCGGCCACUCUUGAAGGUUACAAUGCGUUUAGCAUUUACGCCAACCAUAGCGAUAUGGUCAAGUUUGGCUCCGCGGACGACAAUGGCUUCAAAAGAGUGCUUGGCGAGCUGACCAGAUGGGAGUCACAAUUCAGGAAUUCACCUGCCAGUCAACCAACACGAUCGAGGGGAGAAGCACAGAUCGAGAAACCAGCCAACUCAUCCUUUAACAGCUAUGGCCCCGGCGACCAAUUCAACGCUCCUGGCGGUACUCAGAAUAUUAGCAAAGGCAGCGGCAACCAAUUCCCUGGGGCUACUUUCUCUGGGUCUGUGCAAUUUGGCUAAAAACUAGAUCGGGUUGAGAUUCGAUCCCUGGAUGUCAGAGCCUCUUCAAUGGCUAUACAUCUGGAACAUCGUUUCCCCCCACAGGGCACCUCCCGCUAUGGUCUCGCUGCAUUCGGGCAAGAUAGAGUAUCCUAUACCUCUAGGACGGUGUUUGAGACCCUGCCGAGAACCAGUCCCGUAUACCGUGUAAAAAUUCUAGCGCAACUGCACAAUCGCAACAGUACCCUGGGGGUUAGCCGAUUUUGGCGGGGCCGGAAUGAACUCA